UUUGUAGAAAGUUUAAAAAACAAAUAUACAAUUCUUAAUAAACUUCCUACUGAUUCUUAUCCAAUUAAAUCUGAUAUUAAACGGGGUAAAUCUGUUGAUGGAGAAGAAUAUUGUAUCCCUUUUAAUACAGAUAUUAAUAUAUGGAUUAAAGAAUUUGAAAUGUCCACAGGAGCUACUUAUAAUAAGCGAAAAACUGAACAUAUUGAAAAAAACAAUACUACACGUAUAAUUUACCAAUGUCAUCGUGCUGCUAAUUUUGAGGAGCGACCACAAUCUGGCAUUAAUGAUCAACUACAAAUCAAUAUUGAGAAUCAAUCACAAUUCAAUGCUGCUGAACAAUCACAACCUAAUACAACAGAACUCCCACAGCAAGCACAACUUACCACUGAAGAUCUUAUUUCUAACAUUCAAAGCCUAACAAGAGCCCUUGAUGACCUUGAUAUUAACCGAUUACAAGUUGUUCACGACCAAUUAUCAAGAGUUAUUAGUGAUGUUCGAAGACAGGAAAGGAAUUUUCAGAAUGGUGACUGGGUAGGUGAAAACCAGCGG